GGUAUAAUUUCUAUUGGCUGCUGGGCUUUGUGGAGGAAAUUGAAAUGAAGGUUUGAACUGUUUCCUAGCUGGAUGUGUACUACUGGCUCCUGUCGUAAAUAAAACGGUCUAUUUACUCGCCGAGGUCUGAGCUGUUAACAACUCCGUGAUGGGGGAUCACGUCGAGCUGCAGAUCACUCCAGAGACACCAGGGAGGUCUUCCAUCAGAAACCCCUUUGAGAGUCCCAAUGACUACCACCACCUGAGGGAGCCCCUGGUUCCCAGCCCGUCUGUCUUCAAAUCCAAGCCCUGCAAGGCAACUCCCCCCAAGUUUAACUGGUCUAUUGAUGAAAUGGCCAGUCUUCUACCGGUGCACAUAGACCCAGAGGAAAUCCAGCGCCAGUCGUUCUACCUCAGCCAGACGAGGAUGGAUUCUGACAUUGAGGAGAAGUGCCAGAAUGCUAUUGAGCAGUUUUUCACCAAAGGAGCCAUUGUGCCUUCGCCCUGGGCAGAACCAGAAACCCGUAGAGUCCCUCUCAUGUGCAAGAAAAGUCCGUUUGCUGCAGCAAUCUCCGAGCAGUCCAAAAAAAUCUCAGUUGCUUGCCAGACGACCCUUUCACUGCCUUUGGCUUUUGAUUUGGAGAAAUUACUCGGAGAACACUAUCGCUGCGAGGAGGCGUGUGACGCCAUGCAGGAAAGCCUCAGCUCCUCGUCUCUGAGACGGAAGCUCUUCCUCGACGGCCAGGUCAGCUACAGCAGCUCCGACGGCUCCACCCCGCCGAGCCCUGAGAGGGCUACCGGCAGAGUCAGAGGGCCGUCCCCCCACCGCGGAGCAGCUGUAGCAGGAGGGGAAGGUAUCAGAGGGGGCGCCUUAACGUCCGUCUUCCUGUCGCCUCACGCCUGCGGCCGGUCAGCCCAGACUCCCUCUACGGGCCAGUUCUCAUCCAGCCCCAUCCAGCAGGGCUGCUUCAGAGACUGCAGCCUCGGCAGCAUCAGCAGCCCUCUGUUUCCUGAUAGGUCGUCUCCGGCAGGCCUCCCCUCCCCGGCGGUUUCUCCUGUUCUCGUUCAAACGGCACGCACUCCCAUAGCCUCAGGUGAGCAGAAACCACAGAGCGACUUUACGCCCCGCGGAGGUCCGUUGGACGCAGACGUCGCCCACGCCAACGAGAGUCCGUUUGUCGAAGGGUGCUCCCCGAUACGUAGCUGCUCCCCUCACCACCUCCACUACCAGCACGAGCCCCAGCACACAUCCAGACCCAAGCCCAGACCCAGAGUCCGCUGCUGGGCCUCCCCACCCCUCAUCUCGCCGAUCCUUAACCCAAAGCUCCAAGGCGACCAGGAGGCCCAAGAGGCCUCUGCCGCCUCCUCCCCGUCUUCCCUCCCGGUCAUGGAGCUAGAGCCAACAUCGCCUCUGGCCGCAGACGGCCGCUCGGCUGCCCCCGGUGGAACGAGCCUGGACGCUAUGGAGGUUGUGAAAACGGAAGGAGGAAAAAGGAUGGGGCCUAAAACCAGGCGGGAGGAUGAGGAGGAAGGUGGAGGCCUUUCAGAGCAGCUGACCAGCUCCCGUAUGGGCAACGUGUCGGCAGCAGACUCUCAAAUGUUUGUCUCUCUUCUGGCAGAAGGAAGCAGCAUCCGCUGUGACUCCAGCAUGCAGGUUGACAGUGGCUACAGCACUACCUCAGCCGGGGCCGCGAGCCUCAUCGAUGGCAUCAGCUCUGACUGUCAGAGCAAAGAGUCCAACCCGGCAGAGGAACCGCUCCCCAUCACCCGACUCACUAAAGUUAAGGCAUUUUAUCCUUACCACUGCUUCACCUGAUUUCUACGUGCAAAGGGACGCUCUUCCAGCGAAGGCCUGUGAUGAUGAAUUUGCAUUGAAAUUCAGGAAUGCUUCCACUACAUUUAGAAACCUUAACAUUUCCCAGGAUGCUUUGCUGUGAAGGAGACUGCAGGGCAGCAGACACCUGACUGAAAAACUCUUAGCCUGUACGAUUCUUCUACAGGUCAUUUCAGCCGUUCUGGAAACCACUGAACUCUGUCAUUCUUUGUAAUAGAUGUUGAUAAAGAUGUGAUUUUUUUUUUAUUAUUAUUUUUUUUUAUUGGGAAGAGUUUAUUAAAAAAAAAAAAGUCAAACAUUUGCACAUUACCUUUUUGAAUGCUGGAUCAAUACCUGUGGCAGAAUUUCAUUUUAAUGGUUGCUGAUGGGAUCGACUUGAUGAAUCAGAAUUGUACUGUAUUUCUAUUUUUUUUUUUU